AGGAAAAAAUAAACAAAUUAAGCAUACUACAUUAUGGAUAUUUUAACACCAACUAGCUCUACAAAAAACCCAUCUCUUCAUUCUUGUAACUUAUCAUCCCUUAGCAUAUCCAAUCCAUUAGGUUAUCAACUCUUUAAAUCAAGAAUCCCUUUUGAAGUAAACAAGUUAAAGAAAUGUACGAUUCGAUCUACGCUAGCCUUGAAUUCUGUUAUUGCUCCUCCUGAAAUUGUUAAAGAAAAUGGGAGUGUGACCACUAAAAUAUCGAAGGGGCCUGCGAAUACAUGCCCGUUUUCGCCUUUGGACUUCUUAGAGAGGGCUUCUAUUGUUUAUGGAAAUCGCACAUCAAUUGUUUACGAUGACACAAGUUACACUUGGUCACAAACUUACACUAGGUGCAAAAAAUUGGCUUCUUCGAUUUCAUCGCUAGGGAUCAAGAAAGGCGAUGUCGUUUCCGUGUUAUCCCCAAAUAUUCCGGCCAUGUACGAGCUCCAAUUCGCCGUGCCAAUGUCCGGUGCGAUCCUCAACAACAUCAAUUUCCGCCUCGAUCCACGUACCCUCUCCGUUUUGCUCCGGCAUAGCGAAUCAAAGCUUGUAUUUGUGGACUAUCAAGCGAGUUCUUUAUUACUCGAGGCGAUUUCUCUAUUCCCUUCUAAUUUACAACGUCCUAAAUUAAUCCUCAUCGAGGAUAAUUGUGGUGAUACUCCUUUAGUAUCGAGAAAUGAGUUUUAUGAUAGUUAUGAGAAUGUUAUUGAUGAAGGGGACCAGCAUUUCAAAUGGAUCGCUCCAGAGAGCGAAUGGGAACCUAUGACACUAAACUACACUUCUGGGACUACUUAUGCACCGAAAGGUGUGCUUCAUAGUCACAGAAGUGCGUUUACGAUGAGUGUCAUGGGCUUAAUUGAUUGGUCCGUCCCGAAGCAACCGGUGUUCUUGUGGACCCUACCAAUUUUUCAUGCCAAUGGUUGGGGAUUUUGUUGGGCUAUGGCUGCUGUUGGUGGAACCAAUGUGUGUCUACGUCGGAGUCAUGAUGCUGCUUUAAUAUACGAAGCUAUUCAACAACAUAAGGUAACUCACAUGUGUGGUGCACCAGUAGUACUUAACAUGUUAUCAACCUAUACAAAAAGGAAACCCCUUGAUUCCCCUGUCCAAAUCCUAACGGCCGGGGCGCCACCCCCGGCCGCAGUUUUGGACAGGACUGAAUCAUUGGGAUUCGUGAUAAGUCACGGUUAUGGAUUGACAGAGACGGGUGGGCCCGCGGUGACAUGUGCAUGGAAACAAGAAUGGAAUUCAUUGACAAAUUCAGAAAGGGCAACACUAAAAUCAAGACAAGGUGUGAAGAUGGUAGGGUUUACUGAUGUUGAUGUAGUGGAUCCUGAAACUGGCAUUAGUAUUGAGAGGAAUGGAAUGGCUGUUGGAGAAAUUGUUUUGAAAGGAGGUAGUGUGAUGCUAGGGUACCUUAAAGACCCUGAAGGAACAUCAAAAUGCAUGAAAAAUGGAUGGUUUUACACCGGAGACGUUGGAGUAAUGCAUUCAGAUGGAUAUUUAGAAGUGAAAGAUCGAUCGAAAGAUGUCAUAAUUUGUGGUGGCGAGAAUAUAAGCAGUGUAGAAGUAGAGUCGAUUUUAUACAAACACCCCGCGGUGAAUGAAGCAGCUGUAGUUGCACGUCCAGAUAAUUAUUGGGGCGAAACACCUUGUGUGUUCGUUAGUUUAAAAGAUGAUGCGUGCAAUGUGACCGAGAAGGAGUUGAGAGAAUUUUGUAAAGAGAAUUUACCUCUUUACAUGGUACCAAGGACAGUUGUGAUACAAGAUGACCUUCCAAAGACUGCUACUGGGAAAAUUCAAAAGUACUUACUUAGGGAUAAAGCUAAAUCACUUGAAUAAGCGUGAAUUCAGAUUAAUCAGAUAAAGGUGUGAGUGGACAAGAAUUACUAAAGGCUUAUUUAGUAAAUAGUAAAUCAUGAGUUGUAAGCAUUUAUUUCUAUCAAAAUGAAACGAAUAUGAGUUGUGGUUCUUAGCUAUGGGUUCAAACAUAGCUAAGAAUUAAAAUAUUAGUAUUUUCUAAUGUGUGAUUUCUAUAUACAUGUAUAGGAAGAGGAGCCUCAGUUCACGUGUAUUUAUGCUUCCUUUAUUACAUGAUGUAUAAUAAUAAUAUUAUAUAUUUAAUAUGUUUGUGUGUGUAUUCAAACUCAAAGAA